AUGACAUUUACUGAUGUUACUGAAGCUGAAUUGCUGGCAGAGGAAGCAACAAAUAAGGAUGAAUGCAGUCCUGAUGCCAAAACUAUGACUAGAAUUGCAGAGGCAUCCUUUGACAUAGAUGAAUAUUGGAGGAUUGUUGAUAUUCUUCAUCAAAGGUUUUAUAACAUCGAUUGGGAGCACUGGAGGCAAGCUUACAAAGCACUAGUUCUUCUAGAAUUCUUGCUGACGCAUGGUCCUCAAGAGUUUGCUCAAGAGUUUCUAUGUGAUGUAGAAAUUAUUGAAGAACUAGGAGGGUUUACUCAUAUUGAUGAAAAAGGGUUUAACUGGGGAUCUAGAAUGCAAAAACUAUCAGACCAAAUAGUGAAGCUUUUACAGGAUGGAGAAGCUCUGACAGAAGCACGUUUGAAGGCUCUGAAAAUAACAAGUGAAAUACAAGGCUUUGGAAGUUCAGUGACCUCUCCAACGUCGUCAUCAUCAUCAUCACCAGGCACCUCAUCAUUUUAUUCAUUUUCCACACCAAGUACCCCUGCUUACAUAUUUGACUCUGACGAUAAGCCAAACAAACCCCACUCACCCUCCGCUAGAAAUGAUAAUAAUGUUAACAUAAUCCUCCCACCAAGGAAUUUAAAGCAAGUGAACAAAAACCACCUUUGGAAACGUUUUGCAGGUGAAGAGAAGAACAUUUUGAUUGAUUCCAAGGAAGAGGAAGAUGUGGACAAACCAAAAGGGUUGGUGAGUGAAAUUUGCUCAAAGAUAUCUGGUGUUAGUCCCGUGGGAGGACAAAAACGUGAAAAAGUUGAAUUUAGAUGCCUCUCCGAUCAGAAGAGCAUGAUAGCCACUGAUAAUGGUGGGUGGAAGAUUUUAGGCCUUUUCCACAAAAUCACACCAUUGAUAGGUGGGCCAACUUGGCAGUCACCAAACAAGGCAGAGUGGAUAAUUAAAAAGGCAGAGGGUAGAAUGGUAAUUUCAUGGAUAGCGCUGAGAUUGCUACAAAUUGAGCACUGUCUGUCUGACGCUGUCACUGUCAACCUUCGGCGCCUCCAAUAG